AUGUCACUUUAACAAAACCACGAUUGCCGGAUGCGCAGUAAUGGUGGUGAGGUGUAGUGUGGACUUGGGUGGAAUUUGAGUGAUUUUGUGCGGUCGGAAUGAAUUCUCCUUCUUUGUGAUUAAUUGUUACCAUUUUCUUUUGUUGGAGCGUGUGUCGGUUAUAAACUAGUGUUGUGUAGCUUUGUCUUAAACCGUUUAAGACAGCUGUGACUUGAUCAUUCGGUGAACUGCUGAGUUUUUUGCUCAAUGGUCAAUGCAUUGAGUUUAAUGGUGGACUUUUAAUAAAUAAAGGAAGCACGCGUGUUUUAUUCGAAGUAAGUUUACCGAUGAUUCAACAAAGCUGUGUAUUGUAAAAUCCGAUGUUCAAGUUGCUCCAAGCCGCCUAGCCGCCAUCUGAAACGGCGGCGAGGCUGCGCAGAGUUAGUUCGUAGCGGUGGCGCGAAACCUGGAGCCACGCGAGGGUCCACCAGUGUUGCGGAGGGCGCGGUGGCAGCAUGGACGACGCCGGCAGCAACAAGCAGCGCCAGGCCACGAGGGUCUUCAAGAAGAGCUCCCCGAAUGGCAAGAUAACAGUAUACUUAGGAAAGAGAGACUUCGUAGACCACAUCUCACAUGUAGACCCGAUUGACGGCGUGGUGCUAAUCGAUCCAGAAUAUGUUAAGGACAGAAAGGUGUUCGGACAUGUGCUGGCAGCUUUCAGGUACGGCCGGGAGGACCUGGACGUCCUCGGCCUUACCUUCAGGAAGGACCUGUACCUUGCAGCGGAACAGAUAUACCCAGCAACGACCACCCUGAAACGACCGCUGACGCGGCUGCAAGAGCGCCUGGUCCGUAAGCUCGGCCCGGCCGCACAUCCCUUCUACUUCGAACUGCCCCCACAUUGUCCGGCCUCGGUGACGCUGCAACCAGCGCCUGGAGACACUGGGAAACCGUGCGGGGUGGACUAUGAGCUAAAGGCGUUUGUGGCAGAUUCGCAAGAUGACAAGCCGCAUAAAAGGAAUUCCGUUCGCCUAGCCAUAAGGAAGAUAAUGUACGCGCCGAGCAAGCAGGGCGAGCAGCCGUCGGUCGAAGUCUCUAAAGAAUUCAUGAUGAGCCCGAACAAAUUAUACUUAGAAGCGUCACUCGAUAAGGAGCUGUACCACCACGGCGAGAACAUAGCCGUGAACGUGCACAUAGCAAACAACUCGAACCGGUCGGUGAAGAGGAUCAAAGUGUCCGUGCGGCAGUUCGCCGACAUCUGCCUGUUCUCCACCGCGCAGUACAAGUGCACCGUCGCCGAGGCGGAGAGCGAGGAGGGCUGCCCCGUGGGCCCCGGGUUCACGCUGAGCAAGGUGUUCACGCUGACGCCGCUGCUCGCCAACAACAAGGACAAGUGGGGACUCGCGCUGGACGGCCAGCUCAAGCACGAGGACACCAACCUCGCCUCCAGCACACUAAUUGCGGAUCCGGCGCAAAGAGAAAACUUGGGGAUUAUAGUACAAUACAAGGUCAAAGUGAAACUGUGUCUGGGACCACUAGGCGGUGACCUGAGCGCCGAGCUACCGUUCAUCCUGAUGCACCCGAAACCUGAGGAGGAGCCGCCGCGGCCGCUGCCGGAGCCCUCGCCCAACGUCGACCACGACCUCAUACAGCUCGACCCGCAGCCCGACGAGAACGGGCAAGAGCAGGACGACGAUAUAAUAUUCGAGGACUUCGCGCGUCUCCGGCUGAAGGGCGCCGACGCCGACAACUGAGCGCCACACACACAUACACACGCACGCCUACAAGCACACCGUGUAUCAGGAACGCGGUAACGCACACAUGGACAAUGUUUCCCGUCGCUUGAAGACUAUUUUCAGUUUUAUACUUCUAUUAAAAAUUGAACUUUCUUUUCGACUGUAGUGUGUUGACUUUAGCAGAAUACCGAAGAUUAACUAUGGAUAAAAGCAAAAAUUUAAUUAUUUAAAAUUACUAAUAACUUUUUUUUAUACGUCAGUGGCAAACAUGCCUGAUGGUAAGCGGUCACCGUCUAUUCAAACCACUACGUUCUGAAUCUGACAUUGUUUUUACACGACGCGACGGGAAACAUUUUUGUCGACCCAAACGCGCAGUGUGAGUGAACGAAUUUCAAAUUGUUUAAAUAUUUAUGUGCGUCCUCGUUUGGUCUAUAAAUGUAUCAAUGUUGUUGACUGAUCUGGUAGUGAAAACUUACAUAUUACCCGAUCUAAUCGAAUGUUAGGCGUCUUCACGUUAGAUGCGUCGGUGAGCGAGUGCGACAACGCUAUAUAUACCUGUAGUGCUGUCACGCUCACACACAUAAGCGACCGAUGAGCGACUGUCCAAGAAUAUUCUCUAUCAAUGUACAGUGUAUAAUGUUUCGAGAGGAUUUGACUAUUCACAAUUCAAUUAAUGUAAUGGAGAUUUUAUAUUGUAUUCGAUGUAUAUUGUAUGUGAAAAUUUAUUUUAAUAGUUUUUUUAUUGAUCAAAUUAUGCGAGUACAAGUUUCUUUUUUUAAAACGAUCGGCCAUCGAUUUGUUUAAAUAGUACAAUAUGUUGGUAAUAUGCAUUUAAUAGAUUAAAAUAGUUUUUAUCUCU